GAGAGAGAGAGAGAGAGAGAGAGAGAGGGGGCAAAGCCGAGAGAGAAACAAAAAACGUGACGAGGCACCCAAAGCGUCCUGUUAUGCAACGACUGACCUACUAACAUAGAUUUAGAGACUCGGCGAGCGAAGGAGAGGAGCAGGAGACGCAGAGGGAGGACUAGGAGCAAACAUGACAUGAGGCGCGCACUGGAAACACGCGGCACCGACUCCACACGCGCAUAAACCUGCACGACUGGCGUUUGGAGCGGGUGCGUGAGAGAGAGAGAGCGAGAGAGAGAGAGUGAAAGCAGCGGCCGGUGCGCAACGCGGAUUGUUGGACUCGACUGUCCGGACACUUUCAAGGAUCCUGAGGCUAAGAGCCGUUCAUCUCACAAUCUUCUGCAAAGAGAGGACAGACGAGCACGGUGUUCGAGACCCAGAGCGCCGAGGUCCACCGACUCCCCUUCAGUCGAACCUUCACCAAACCGAUCUAGAACCUUUGGACCGAACUGGUUCUUGUCUCCUUUGCUGAAGCUCCAGUUCAAACUGGCUCCCACGAGACAAGAAUGGAAAAUCUAACUUCAGCACUCAAGAACUCAACGGAUAACCUGAACUGCCUCGACACCUUCAGCGGUUAUGAGGAUUCACUUCCCUCUGAGUCUCCAGGUCGCCUCGGGCGCCACGUGAAACCCAAAUCCAGCAUGAGCUGCAGGCGAAAGCGAGAGUUCAUUUCUGACGAGAAGAAGGACGCCUCCUACUGGGAGAAACGUCGCAAGAACAACGAGGCGGCCAAGCGUUCCAGGGAGAAGCGGCGUCUCAAUGACAUGGUUUUGGAGAACCGCGUGAUUGCGCUGAACGAUGAGAACGUGCGGCUCAAGACGGAGCUGCUCCAGUUGAAGCUGCGCUUUGGCAUCAUCAGCACCGCCUCGUAUAUUGAGAAGAGCCAGCAGAUCGGAGCGAGCAGCACCACAGGAACCGGAGGCUCCUCCUCCUCCUCUAAUCAGUACUACUCCAGCGGUUACUCCAGCGGCUCUCAGAUGAUGAUGACGUCAGAUUCCUCGGAGACAGAGCAGUCAGGGCACAGCGAGGGCCACAGGCAGCUGGUGAAGUACUCCCCGCGUGGUUCCCUGUCCGACAUGUCCGACAGCUCCUCCAGGGACAGCCCCGAGCCACUCCCCUUCGAGAUCAAACAGGAAGGGGACAGGCUGGAGAUGGACAUCGCCAACGGCACCACCACCCAGAUCAUGUUCAACGUCCACCGCGGCCUGGCCUCUGUACCCACUCACCACCAGAUCCAGCAGCAUUCUCAGGAGCUGGAGGCUGCGUAUCACAGCCAGCAGCAGCUCCUUCAGCAGCAGGAGCCUGUUCCUGCCAUCAGCACUGUGAGCCAGGCAGCCCCUCACCCGCCUGCUGCCCAGAGGAGCGUCAUCCUGUACGGCUCCAGCAGCGCCUCCUACCCGGUGGACACCGACCUGCUGCCGGCGCAGAGGCCGAGCAGUCGACUGCCGGUGAGCUCCACAGAGACCCUGGCAGAGGUGACGAAGCAGCUCGAGAGGAAGACGUUAGACUCCCCAUCGUACGAGUUCUCAGACAGCCGCACCGAGCCUGCAGAGAGACAGAUGUAUCGGGUUUCCCAGCAGCACCAGCAGCACCAGCAGCACCAGCAGGAGAGCGAUUCGUCCGCCGAGCUCCUCCACCAACACGUCGAGGGGGUCAACCAGUCCCACCUGUACCACCAUCUCCAGCGGCCUCAAGAUUCAUACCUCAGUGCCCAGGACGAGGAGCCGCCUGUGCUCACCUACGAGGGCGGGCCCAGGGAUGAGGCCUACUACCAAGGCCCCCCCAGCUCCUCCAGCAAGGACACUUCAUCCAGCGAUGGAGAUCCCCGCAGCUCGGACAAAGAGGCCUCCACGGAUGACGAUGACUCCCCCUCCUCAUCCUGCUCAGACACGGGCAGCUACCACAACCAGCUCCUGCCCAGCCUCCACCAGCCGGCCUCGCCCCUGCCCUCCUCCCAUGGCUGCUCUCAGGCCCAGGGCCGGGAUCCGCAGGGGGAGGUGAAGGGCACAGCGCUGCCCCACAAACUCAGACUCAAACACCGGGCGAUGAGCACCGGCUCCGGCCAGGAGUCCCCGACCACGCCUCCCUCCGCCACACCACCCCCCCUGCCCCAGCAUCCCUACUUCUCCCUCACUGCACCACAGGACAUUGCAGGUGGCGUCUGUAAGCAGGUGGCAUCCGGGCAGGAGAGCGGGACAACGGAGGCGAGUGGACGACGGAACAAGAGACGAGAUUAAGGGACAUCGACUCUCACAAGAGACAGAACUUCCUCUCGAGGAAUCACCCUGCCAUCAUGCCUUUGCCCUUUAAUCAAACCCCCUCCUUGAGCCCCUGGGACAAGAAGCUGGGCUUUGUCCACUUUCCUAAACCCCGACGUCACCAAACAGGCUGGACAUCUCGUGGGGCUGUAACAUGUGUGUAUAUAUUGUACAGAUUUGUCAUUUCUUACAUCCUCUCCAUACUUACAAGAGCACUUUUGUUUAAGCGAUGAGAGGAGGAAUGGAACUUCCUGCUUUUCUACUUUUGUCAUUAGUAGAAAAACAUCAGCAAAAGCACAUUUCAAUCAAUUACUAACAAGAAUGUGGGAAAGCACCGUUUUGAGCUUUAUCAGUACUAUGAAUCUGGUACCUGACUGUAGACUAACAUACACAUGUAUGGCAUCUGCCUUAAACACAAUGCAAUGCAAACGUACACUGGGGACACCCCCUCGACCAAAGAAGCACCAACACUACAAACUCUGAGUUCCAUGCCUCCUCCCGGACCCUACCUCUACCGACCCGUUCCCCCCCGACCAUCUCCAUUCUGUCACGAAAGAUCGCCUUCGCCUUUAUUUUCUAAGCACUUGGUUUGUAUAUGACUGUGAUAUAUGAAUAUAUGUAUCUAUUAUAAAUAUAUAUUUUACAAAAAGAAAUUUGAAUACAAAUCCAACAAAAACACACGACAGACCUGCAGUGGAACAACAGGAUGUUUGUGAAAGUGACCAUCCUGAUGAGAAUCAGUGUCCAGCCACGUGUCUGCUGUCGCCACAGGACCCGUUCAAAUUAAAGAUGCCUCUUGAUUGUCGAGCUUUAGCAUUAAUCACUCGAUAACGCCCUGUUUACACAGAAAUGGCCGUCCAGUCUGGAGCGCCCACAGCACUGAAUGGAGAACACGUUGUUUCCUCAUUAAAAUGUUUGGAUUUCUUAACCUUUAACCAGCCUUUAAAUAUUCGGUGGACUUCACCAGCUGCAGGCUCUGAGCCUUGACUUUUUUUGAGCUUUAUCAACCAUAUCUUGUUGUUGUUGUUGUUGUUGUUGUUACCAUUUACUGGCCCAGUGUAUUUAUUUCCCUGUUCUCCCAUCUCACUGUAGAAAAGCCCACGAGGACAUAGACGGAGAAUGUGUACAGACCUUUUGAGACGCAGGGGGGGGGGGGGGGGGUCAAGUCUGUGUGAACUUGUAAACUACGGUUCACUGAGUUCAGACUGAGUUCCUCUUUUUUUUAAAACCUUCCAAACCUACUGUACAUUCACAAACAGAGAAUUGAGCUCACACACGAUCCCAGAUAAUUGAGUUAUUGAGAAAUAGAAGCCGACGAAAUACCAAAACGAUUCUAACCCCCUAAAACUAACCUGAGCUGUGAUUGGUGGAGACUCCCCUCGUUUUCCCCUGUGCCUCCAUUACUCCUUUCAGAGGUGAUUCAUCCCCAGUUUAAAUAAAGCGUCUGUGUACCAUGUUUGGCUUUUUGGUGCUUGUGUAUAAAUGUAAAGUUCCCUCCCCCUCGAUCAACUGUAAUGUUUAUUUCAUUGGUUUUUAUAUCCUCUUUUUUCAUCGAGGUGUUGUUCUGUUUUCUAUCUGGUGUCUUUCCUCCUAUCGACUGUGAUGACUUGUGUUUGCCUCACCCCCCCCCCCCCCCUCUUUCAGUGUGUAUUAAUCAGUAAUGUUUGUGGUUUUGCUGAUGGUUCUAUGAUAAAAUAUGAAUGAAACAAGGUUAGUGUGGUGUUUAGAGAUGGUGGUUGGUCUGGUUGGUCAUUACCAUCGCUUCCCUUUGACAUGUAUGUAAAGACACUAAUGUUCACUGUGGAAGAUGGGAGCAUUUCAAGAUCUGAAAAAAACAAAAUAAAAAAAAAGAUUGUUGCCCUUUCAACAUAUCACGACAA